CUGGCAACAGAGGAGCACCUAGUCAAGUUUGAGGAAUUGUUGGCGUACGUGAUUCCUGCUGCGCACAGAGGAGGAGAUCUCUUUUACGUAACGACUGGUACUGUAGUACCGUCGCACAAUAUCGUCGGCUUGCCGCUGGUUCCGCAUUCGAAACGCGACUAUCAGAGCUUACUGCAGAAAGCCGUCAAUCGAUACGAGUUUGAAGUGGCCAACUUUUCUAAUGCCCUGACAGAUGAAAUGUGUGAGCUAUGCGCCCGAGUGGACCGCGGCUUAACCGCUCCAGGUGGCUCGUUACUGCUGGCCGGUCGCCCUGGACUUGGUCGAGCUGACGCGAUUCGUCUAAUCGCAAAUAUGCACCAAAUGGCUCUCUUCACACCAAAGAUCACGCCAAAUUACGGACAGAAACAAUUUGAUUCCGAAUUGAAAAAUGCGAACUACAAAAUCCUGAAACAGAGCUUUCUCGAAUCGAUUAAUUGCCUGAUCUCCAGCGGCGAGGUCCCUGGUCUCUUCACACCUCAGGAGCUUGACUCGCUUUCGACAGCUCUACGAGAUCAGGCUAGCCAGGACGGAUUUCCAGGGACACACAUGCAGCAGUACUUUUCUCAUAGAGUUCGAACAUUACUUCACGUUGGUCUGGUGUUGGACAUUGAUGGUGCUGACUUCGAAUUGAGAAUCACUGCAAAUCCGGCGAUUUUCAAGCAGUCCAACGUAAUCUGGCAGGAACGCUGGAGUGGAACCACUAAAGUG